AUGCUCAUGAAACAGUGUGCUCAUUGGUCGAGCAUUGUACAAUAUAACAUAAUCUCGUUCGUUCGAUAUCUCGUUCGAUAUCUGGCGUUCGAUAUCUGGCGUUCGAUAUCUGGAUUCUAUUGUCGCCAUGACAGUACCAACUAUAACCUCAAAACAAGUGUGCUAUUGUUGAUUGCUUUCAAGAAUAAAGUUAUGGACAAGGAUAUGGAUUCCUCGAUGGAUUCCAGUCGAGAUCGAGAUAAAAAUAAUAUUAACACUUGUCGUGUUGAUGAACAGGACAAAUUUCGUCAACGUUUUUGGAACAAAAUUCAAGCUGAAUUAGGUGCUUGCGUUCCUGAAUAUCUAAAAAAUAUUUUAAAAUAUAAUAACUUCGAUAAUCCAUUGUCUUUUCGUGAUAUAACGGAAGAAAUUAUUGACGAUCUGGAGAAUUUUGCAAAAACUUUAUUAAUAGAACUAAUUGAGGAUGACGUGAACGUAGAUAUGAAAUCUUAUUUUGGAAUUUUUCAUAAAAAACCAAACAAUUUUCGUUUCGUAAUUGGAGAUAAAAUGUUAAUUAGAAGAAUGGUUGAUUUUAUUAAGUCUACGUCUUUAAGUUACUGGAACACUAAAUCUCAUGAAGAAGUAAAUUCUUUGGUAAAUAGUAAUUCACAGUCUUCGCAUUCAAUUUCGGAAUAAUUGUAAAAAUGAAGAGUUGAUAAUUAGCAAACGUAUUACACAAGGAGAAAAGAAAUUUUCUGACAAAAUGGAUCCAUCAAUCGUGGCAUCACUGCGUAAUGUAAUAAUUAAUGUUACGUUUCACGAAAACCAAUUUAAAGCAGAAAUAUUGUGUCCUUUAUGUGAUCAUAUUUCGCAUUUAACAAAAUGUAUUGAUGGAAAAAGGAAACCGACAUGGAUAGUUUCAAACUUUUAUAAACAUUUUAAGCUACACGCGAAAGAAUGAUCCGCGAAAGAAGGACCACGUGAGAGCGCUAGUAAAAAUUUAAGAACAGAUUUUGAGCCUUAUAAUGAGAGUACGGAAAACAAUCCUUCGGACACUUCACAAAGUUUAUUUCAUACUGAUGAGCAUAAAGAUAAUUCAAGGUCAUUAACAGCCUUGGGACAUGCUGUAUCGAUUAUCGCUAAUUUAAAUUCUUCUCUAGAAACUGAGCAAGAAACUGAGCAAUUUACUUCUUAUCAGGGGGAAUAAGAAGUCAAGAUAGUUGUCGGGCGAACUGUUUUGACAAAUUUAAUGAAAAUAUUAUUAAUGUCCGAAGGGAAUAUGAAUCUGAAAAAAAUAUAAAUAAUACUACCAACUAUAUUCAAAAUAUUUUAGAGAUUGGAAGUUUAAAAAAGAAAACAUCAACUCUUCUGGGGAUGCUUAUAAAAUCUGAAAAAGAAAGAUUUAAUAAUAAAAUCAAUGGGUAUAGAUAUUCAAAUGCACUAAAAUUGUUCUCAACGUAUUUAUUUAUAGUUGGUGGUCGUAUUGUUUAUGAAACACUAGCAGCAAACUUGCCACUUCCAUCUACAACCACAGUACUGCGGACGAUCCGUACUUCUUCAGCAUCAUUAAUUGAAGAAACUUGUCGCACUAAAGAAUUAAUAGAUUUUUUACAACGUAGAAAUUUAUCUUCAGUUGUAUGGUUAAGUGAAGACGCUACUAGGAUUACCGGUCGUAUACAGUAUGACGUUCACACAAACCAAUUAAUUGGAUUCGUGCUUCCAUUAAAUCAUCACGGCAUGCCUGUUCUACAUUCCUUUAAAGCUACUUCAGCAAAGGAAAUUAGUAGUAUAGCUAGGAGAGAUCUGGGACAGGUUCUGAUCUCGGCUAAGUACCCUCGGUCGGUAAUGCAGAUUUCUACUUUAUCAGUGGUUGGUAGGGGUGUUCUACCUUACCGACCGAGUGUAGUUCCUGCUGCCACCGCUAGAUGGCGCCACUUACAAAUUCCAAACCCCUUGGCGGGAAAUUUAAAAUUUUAAUUUUAAACUUUCAAGUGGCUUAGAAGGGGUUCUCUGUUUUACCAACCGAUUUUUUUAGUUCUGGCUGCCGCCGACAGAUGGCGCCACCAUCGAAUUCAAACCUGCAUGGCGGGAAAUUUAAAAAUUUAAUUUCAAACUUUCAAGUGGCUUAGAGAGGGUUCUCUGUUUUACCGACCGAUUUCUUUUUAGUGCCGGCUACCGCUGAUGGAUGGCGCUACUAGCGAAUUCAAACUUGCUUGGCGGGAAAUUUAAAAAAUUUAUUUGAAAAAUUCAAACCGCUUGGACAGUGAGACGCCAUUUUGUUUUACCGACAGAGUGCGGUUUGAGUGUUGUGCCGAGAGAUGGCGCCACAACUGAAUCGUUUGUAUUUCGCGGGAAAAGAUGGCGUCAUAUUGUAUACACUAAUAAGAUUAUUAAAAUUUUAAUAGAUGGCGCUUGUAAAAGUUGUUGAAAUCUAUUAUAUUAAACAUAACCU